AUGGCUACUAAUAAUGCAUAUCACUUGCCACACCUCUUUGUCUCGUGUUUACUGACUUUAUUUUGCUUCUGUGAGUUCUGCUUCUGUUUCCACCCCAAACAAGUUAUGAAUUUGUCAACUGCGGCUGACGAAUGGUCACUGGCUGGUGCAACUUGGUACGGCAGUCCUGAUGGAGCUGAAAGUGAUGGAGGAGCUUGUGGAUAUGGAGAUGCAGUGUUAAAGCCACCUUUCAAUUCCAUGAUUACAGCUAUUAGCCCAUCUCUCUACAAAUCCGGCAAAGGAUGUGGAGUUUGUUACCAGGUGAAAUGUACGACGAACCCGUCGUGUUCGGGCAAUCCGGUGAGGGUGGUGGUAACAGAUCUUUGCCCCGGAGGCCCCUGCGUGCCCGAGUCGAUACAUUUUGAUCUAAGCGGGACUGCAUUUGGUGCCUUGGCAAAGCCUGGUGAAGAAGACAAGCUCCGUGGUGCUGGAGUCCUGCAAAUUGAUCACGCACGUGUUCCAUGCGAUUACGCAGGAACUACCAUAGCCUUCCGGGUCGACCCGGGGUCGAACCCUUGCUACUUCGCGGUAGCACCUCAAUUCGAAGAGGGGGAUGGUGAUCUUGCUAGUGUUGAUCUAAAGGAAGCUACGUCAGCUACUGCUGGACCAGAUGAAUGGAAACCCAUGCAGCAAUCUUGGGGUGCUGUUUGGAAGCUCGAAUCCGGGUCGGCAUUACAAGCUCCGUUUUCUAUCCGGUUGACCUCCGGUAACACCGGCAGGAUCCUCGUGGCAAACGACGUGAUACCAGCUGGUUGGCAGCCUGGUGCUAUUUAUCCAUCCUUGGUUAACUACCUCUGAUUUGGGAUUCGGAUGCUGAUCGAAUUCAUACUGGUAGUUGUUUGCGGGAAUCGAAUUAUGUAAACAAUAA